GUGGUGGAAAGCAAGGCACAGUGACGCCUCCGUCAGGCAGCGAUGAAGACGACGGUGGAACGAAUCGAGAUGACGAUUUGAGUGAGCAGCGGUUUCUAGACGAUGAAAAUCGCAGCUUAGAUGAAGCGUCCGCACGCGACGACGAUAGCCUUCUGCAGCUUCUGGAAGAAAGUAGUGACGCAGCUUCGUCCUGCGGUGACGGUUUCCCACCGCGUUCUUCGGAUGAAAAUCAAAACGGUAUCAAUAGCUCUGGCUCAUCGCAUCAUCGACAGGGACAGCUUAAGAACGGAGUGACGCAAGGCCCGCGAAGGCCUGCCACGAUUCGCGAAGACGAGGACAAGGCAUAUCACAGUAGUUCGAGCAAAGAGUCGGCGUCGAGCAGUGGAUGGUCUUCUGCAAGCCGCACAGCAGUGAUAAACCAUCGGAGUUAUCGUAAAAGAAGGCAGAGUGCUGGUGAACAAGCCAGUGUCCAAAAGGCUAAGAGUGAGCGGGUGCGUCGCGGAGAGGUGCACGGGGACGAUCAAGAUGAAGAUUAUAGGAACGACAAAGGCUUUGAUACGGAGGCCGAAGCAAGAACUAGCAACCGCACAUCAAAUCACGUGCAAAAUGUGCGGCAGAGGGAUCGCAGUAGCAGGAACCCAUACAUGGAAACUGCGACAGGAGCUGAUGCGCAAUCUACUUCUGGGGGAGACUUGUUUUUAGAUGAGGAGGAGAGUGGGCGCAACCUGCCAUCGUUAGG